AUGAGCCGAAUGUAUUACAAUAUAUCCUUGCAGAAUAAACCUGUUCAUAAUGAGAAGAUUGGGCACGCGUAGUACCCAUCCUAAUUUCAGAGUGUCAUAUUAGAGGAAAAGUUGGUUGAUGUCUCACGCCAUGUUAUUACUGAUGUCAACAAAAAGGAACGUUUCUAUGUCUUAUACAUCAAACCCAGUCAAAUCCACCAGAGGAAAUUUGAUGCUACAGGAAUGGAAAUAGAACCAAACUUCAGUGAUACCAAAAAGGUCAACACAGGUUAUCUCUUGUCAUCAUUCAAGGUGGAGGCUAAAGGAGAGACUGAUUGCCUCACUGAGGUCCAGCUGGAAAACCUAGUGACUAAGGAGGAUCUGGUGAAUGUGACAGGGAAACACUGUCCCAGUGGGACCUACGCUUUCUGGCACCCAUUGGGAGAGAUGGACAAGACUGAACUAGAAACAGGCCAGGACAUUCGACUGAAAACCAAAGGCGAUGGCCCAUUCAUUUUUUCCUUGGCCAAAGUCGAUGGAGGCACAGUGACCAAGUGCAAUUUUGCAGGCGACGAAAAGGCAGGAGCAUCGUGGAAAGACAAAAUAAUGGCCAACAAAUCAGAUGUCAGCAGUCAGCAGUGCAACGAAGUUGGAGGGCCAGGACGAGGGAGAAGAUGA